GCGUAGCAUGCCGAUAUCGAUUAUGCGCGUACUACAAUAACCAACAUAGCCCCUAAUGAAAGCGAGGCAGUGUAAACACAACUCCAGGAACAUGAAAAGAUCGGGUGACAGUGAGGGGGAGAAGAGAAGAAAGAGGCGGAGGCUACUGCAGGAGUUGGGAGACCAGAAGAUCCCCUUUCUGGGUCCUACAGAUCGGGGCUUUCAGCAACUGUGGGACUCCAGUUAUUCUGGGAUGGUGCUGAGGCAGUCCUGCUCUGUGCCUGCUGAGCUCCAUAGCCGGGUGCAGGCAGCUUUGCUCACCCUGAGGAGCAAAGGCUGCCUCCUGAGGGACUUGGUUCGUGUCCGUGACCGAGAUGUUUUCACCAGUGUGUCACGAGCCCUCCUGGGUCAGCCGGGCCACACCUACCGCUACCUAGACACGCGACUGUUCGCGAUCCCCUGGCACAGUGAGGACACCGAUGUCAAAGGUCAAAACUGUUGCGACGCUGACCUAAGGGCUGCUUGCAAGGCUUUGUGGGAGCUCAACUGCUUCUUCUGCUCUGAUGUGGCUCAGCGGAAGGAAGGGGACAGGCUGGCACAGUGUGUAAAAACAGGGGAGGCAGAAGCCAAACACGGUGAAGAGGGAGACACAGAGUCUAAACACAGUGAGGACUCCAAGCAUAGCGAUGGGGGGGACUCAGAGUCCAGGCAAAGUGAGGAGGGCGACACAGAAUCCAAGCACAGUGAGGAGUGGGACAUCGAGUCCAAGCACAGUGAUGAAGGCUGCUCAAAACAAGAAGGGGAGUGGGAGACAGAGUCCAAACACAGCAGUGAAGAGGGAGAGUCAACCCAAAGCAAACAAAGUGAACUGGCUGCGACCACAGGGUUGAAACACAGUGAAGGAAAAUGCCCUGCAUGGGCGCCUAAGACCAGCAGCGGCACCGGCACUGCGUCUGUGGGACUAGGGUCCCAGGAGAAACCUGUGGCCGAACUGAAGCACAGCCUGUUAGGUUACCACAUUGAGGAUGAGGAGCAGGAGAGCGGGCAGGGCUGUUCCCAGCCGAGUCCUCCACAGAUGUGCACUGGUCCUGUCCAGUUCAAUGUCACUCUCCUCAACUACAUGGACCCAGCAGCUAUGAGCCAACUCAAAGAGGAGCCUUACUAUGGCAUGGGCAAAAUGGCUGUGGGUUGGCACCAUGAUGAGAACCUGAUCAGCCAUUCCCCAGUGGCUGUUUACAGCUAUAGCUGCCACGACAGCAAAGGUGGGAGCAGUGAAGGAGGCAGCGGUGAGAAGGCAUGCUGGAGGAUUGGUCUUAAGGUAGCCUGGGACAUCCACACCCCUGGCCUGGCCCUGCCACUGCAGUCGGGUGACUGCUAUUACAUGAGAGAUGACCUGAACAGUACCCACCAGCACUGUGUCCUCGCUGGAGACACUGCCCGCUUCAGCUCCACACACAGAGUGGCCGAGUGUUCCAGUGGGACCCUGGACUAUAUCCAGUCGCGCUGCAAAGAGGUCCUGUCCAACCUGCACACUGACCCAGAGACGGGCACCCACAGCCUGCAGACCCUGCUGCCGGCCACACUGCAGCACUGUGAGGAGGUCCACAAUGAGGUGGAGUUUGAGUGGCUCCGGCAGUACUGGUUCCAGGGCCAGCGCUAUGCCCGCUUCUGCAGCUGGUGGAGCAGACCCAUGGAGCAGCUGGAGAAGGACUGGAGGCUCAUGGAGACCAUGACGAUGCUGUUCCUGUCGACGGUGGAGGAGGAGGGCCAAGCAGGCGAGGGCAGGAGGGAGAUGGCAGAAACCCUGCUCUCUGCUCUGACAGACAGACAGCAACAAAGACAGACAUGGAGAGACAGGUGCCACUCCAGUCUGGCUCAGACAUUACCCCCUGAGGAAGCCCCCGUGGACCGGCCCUUCUGGGGCAUCGAUGACCACAGCAUGCCGUUGCCCUUUGACCUGGCUGACAUCAUCAACAGGGUGGAGUCACUCCUCUGGAGGUUGGCCCUGUGAUACUUUAAGAUGUGAAAGAUGGAGUGAAAGUGUGAACGAAUGAGUGUGAGAGAAAGCGAGAGAGAGAAAGAAAAAAACCCACCAGCUUUUCCGAAUGGCCCUUCCACAUCAGAGGAGGGGACCGACCACAGAAGACAGCUCAGUAGUGAUCACAUCAAGACUGAUCUCCGUUUGAUUGGGGCGUCCGCAGCCCUCCCUUCCCCACCCUCCUGUACACCCAAUGACCCCUGACCUCUGGCUUCUCACCCACCCCAGCUUGGUUUUGGCUGGAAGGAUACUGGCUACCCAACCAGACCACCACAACAAAACCACAGUAGUGCUUCAGUAACAUGCUUAUAAAGCGAGCUUAGCACCAAGCUACUAGUCUCUCAGUGGUCUAACGAAACAUAGGUGGAAUCUGCAUUUCAGUGUUAGCAUUCACCGUGUAGCUAUUUAUUAUUUCCGUGUACUCCGUUACUUAAUCUCAUGUAACCCAGCCUUGCUUUUGUCAAUGGAUUGACUCAUUCUCAGUAGUCACAGUACAGUAGCCUACAUACAGUACAUGUAUGCUUUUCAACUUCUCAUAACAGUGUUAUACUACAGUAUAGAAUGUUACAAAAAAAAAAAAAAAAAGACAACAAGACACUUUGCUCACUUUUAUUGAAUUCUUCACUUUAACAGUAUGGUGUAAACCUUUUUUUUUUAUUUUGUGUUCAGAAGUGGAAUGAGCCUGAAGAGACCAAAGAAAGAUUGUGUUAUGAAAGUUAUGAAUGUCACCCAAUGGAGAACAUGUCGAAUGUGUUGUGUUUACAGUGUGACGGUGUGCUUGUGCAAUAUCUCGGUGAAUGUGUGCGCGUGUGCAUGGAAUACGUGUGCGUGCUUGUGCUUUCCUACAUUUACGUAUGACCACAUGAAGGUGUAUAUGUAGUGUGUUUGUAUGUGUACAUUUAGCCGUGUGUAUAUAGUACGUUUUAGAUUGUGCGCCGGCGUGUAUGUGUUUGUUUGUGUAUCUGUGUGUGUGUGUACGUGCUCUCAGCCGCAUGGGCGUGUGAAGGCAUAUGUGUAUGAAUAUGAUAGAGUGUGUGAGCCUGUAGCCAGGCUGCGAGUUGUUUGUGCUGUAAGAUGUGCAUAUGGAGAAACAGAGACUAGCAGCGGGGCCUCUCCGCCUCUGCUCUGAUGAAAGGCAGUGUUGAUAGAAUGACCCGGAACACAACCGCCGUUUCUCAUAAUUACAGCUGUUCAAUCGCUUUUAAUUACUCUUAAAGCGUGUAGAGCACCUCGUUCCCCUGUAACGCUGCAGGCCAUCCGAGAGAGCGAGAGAAAGAUCCGCCGCUUCUGACAAAAUCCACUUUCAAAAAAGCUAAAAAGGGUGGAAAAGGGGGCCGACGUCAAAGCAGUGUAGCAGCCCUCUUCGUUUGAUUUCUUUCUCUAUCUAGUUCAUGAUGAAGUAGAGAUGCUGUUUACUAUUAAAAAUGCAGAAUGCACUCCUUUUUUUACUUCUGAGGUUUUUUCAAGAUGUUAAUGGUUGCCAAAUGUUCUUCUUGCUUCUUCUUUUGCUGUGUCUCUUUUGUAUGUUGUUGUCAGAGAGAUUUGUUUGUAGAUUGGCAGUAGCAUUGAAUUGUUUGAACCACUCUGUGCUCCCUGCGCCACAGCUUGUCUGUCUGAAGCAAUAGGAAUGGCAGUAAA